UGACUGUCUUAUCUACUGAGAUGCUGUGUUUCCUAAUUCAACCCGAGACCACCCUAUCUAUGUAGGCCGGUCAAGCUCCUCUUCCCCUUGUGGUAGCUGUCCUUAAGCUUCAUGUCAACACGCUGCAUCCAGCCUUGAAAAAGCAAACGGCUAGCUGCAUAUUACUUAACAUUGAAAUCCUAUGGAAGAAACAACCUCCAACAUGUCGGAGCCAGCUUCCGUUCCUAGAGGCAAACCCGACCCCGACGUUGGUGACGAGCAUGCGGUGGUGGAGUCGGCAGAUACUGUCCAGGCAAUGUUGAAACGCCGUGCUGACGUGCGCAAGUCGUCCAAUUCAAAUGAGCUUACGCGAACUUCGUCGUCUUCGUCGGGGAGCAGCAAUUCUUAUCAAGAGGAUUGGGAGCCGUUUCCUCCUCUGGACAAGCUUACGGUGCUCGACCUCCUCAGUAAUCUGGCUCUUCCUCAGAAGCUCGAGAAAUGGCAGAAUACCCUGACGGCACAGAAGGAAAAGGUGAAGAGACAGCAAGAGAAGUUCAAAUCUACGAGCCUGCAGGCGAAGGAGAGGGUGGUUGGCGAAUGGCGGAAGAGAGUCCCGAAUUCAGACGAGCAGCUGGAGAAAUAUCGAAGACGAAUGAAGGACUCCGUUGAACGACUCGGCGCCCGAUGGAAUGACACCGCAACGGUGACCGCUCGCGAGAAACUCUCGUUCAUCGCCGGUGUCCUCAACAUCUUUAUCAGCGGAUACCUCAUCGGAGCGUAUCCAACCUAUUUCCAUUACUGGUUCACUCUCCAAAUCCUUUAUUUCAUGCCGAUCCGCUUCUAUACCUACCACAAGAAGGGAUAUCAUUAUUUCUUGGCCGAUCUCUGCUACUUUGUCAAUCUUUUGACGGUCCUGAGUGUGUGGGUGUUUCCACGAUCCAAGCGGCUAUUCCUGAGCACGUACUGUCUGGCCUAUGGUAACAACGCAGUCGCAAUCGCGAUGUGGAGGAACUCUAUGGUAUUUCAUAGCCUGGACAAAGUCACAAGUCUGUUUAUCCACAUCAUGCCUCCCGUGACCCUCCACUGUAUAGUUCACCUGACACCACCUGGCACGCUGCUGAAACGGUUUCCCGCCGCGUAUAAUAUCAAAUUCAGCGCACCGGGCUCGCCAGAACACUACUCUCUUGGGGCCAUGAUGCUCUGGGCUUCCAUUCCCUACGCAGUGUGGCAGCUGUCGUACCAUUUUCUCAUUACAGUGCGACGGCGAGAGAAGAUUGCCGCCGGCCGGCCAACUAGCUUUACAUGGUUACGCAAAUCAUACGCCAAAACAUGGAUCGGGAAGUUUGUUCUCAGCUUACCUGAAGCCCUACAAGAGCCAGCAUUCAUGCUGAUUCAAUAUACUUAUGCUCUUCUAACUUUGACCCCUUGUCCGCUGUGGUUUUGGUAUCGCUGGGCUAGUGGGACGUUCCUGUUCGUCGUGUUUUCGUGGAGUAUCUACAACGGAGCGACAUAUUAUAUUGAUGUUUUCGGUAAGCGAUUCCAGAAUGAACUGGAGCAGCUCAAGAAAGAUGUCAGCAAAUGGCAACCAUCCAGCGACGGGACAAUCACUCCUGAUGGGAAUGGUAGCAUGCCUAAGAGUCUCGAUGAUUUAGUUGUGGGGAUGCCGGAUAAUGCAGGUAAAUCGGCUUCCGAUGUAUCGUCUAGGCUGGAAGGGCAGCUGGCUGCUACCCAAGAGGACGCAAGUGCGUUGACGACGGUGGAUGCAAAGUCAUGA